UCUUACUCUUGAUAAGAAUAUAAAUUUUUGAAAGCUGCAUUAUUGUUAAAUGUUUUCCACUGGAGAGACAGAAAAAAGAGAGGUGUUAAGUGUAGCUAUUAUACCGUAGUUAAAACUAGUUAACGAGCAUUCGAUACGACGAGAUUGCUAUUCUUUGACGGUUCCAACUGUUUAUAUAUUAACUUAUUUAUAGCCCAAUUACUCUAUUAGUCGACAGGUACCUUGGUAUUACUUAUUCAAAUUAACAAAUUGCAUUGUUUAGGGUUGAUUAACGUUCUAUACGGCUAUACGGGCACAACUUAUCGUAUAUUAUGUAUAACUUACGUAGAUUGUUUGCAUCUUCAAGGGCCAUACACGAUUGGCGAUUCACAUAUCCGUCUCAUUGUUUUUAUUUUGUUUACGAAUCAAAUUACCUGUCGUAAUCUAUUUAAAACCGACACUUUAGCAAAUCAUUUCUUUUUCAAUAUAUUGAAGGGUUUUUUUAACACAAUUAUACUGAAGUUCUCAUUAAGGAUAUGUUUACACCAGAAGUAACUCGUAAUGGUUUCUAGAAUCUACUUGCCCACGGGAUUAAAUCGUAAUGCUUAUUAUGAAAAAGAACUCGAAAAAAAGUUACUGUAGAACAAAGAAAAGCCGCAUUUCCUGAAAGUUCACUUUUUUUCAAAACAGCUUUACAUUUGUAAGGAUUACUCCCGAGUUGCCAAUUGUGUGCCAUUACAAAAAGAACUAAAUGAGUUUGGCGAGUCUUUGGUUUUCUGGUCAUUAAUUUUUUAUGGCGACAAAAACGCUGGAAUUAGUUCGCCUACCAGAGCUUGCACAGAACCAACACAUAUCGUUAAAUCGGUGUACAUUCCGUACGUAAACGCGACAAUGAGGAGUUURUCAACGCGACUGUAGACGACUUGGAUUUAUUGAUUCUUUAAGUUUAAUUUCUUGGCUGUUUGUAAAUGCAACGGUUAUGCGGGCGAACUGUCAAUCAGACUUGAGAUGCAUACUAUACCAGCGGAGGUGGAUGAACAAACACUGAGGCGGGAAUCAAGAGAAAGCUACUUGAAGUCCUUCAAGUUAUGGAUUCACAACACAACUCCUACUGUACUACAGCAGCUUACAACGACUGCGUGGCAUUCGUACGGGUUCUUGUUCUUUAGGUGUGUUGUGGAUCUUACUCCUAGCGGUUUUGGCUGGCUUUACUUCAUAUCUCAGUUAUCAAAAGUGGUUACAAUAGCACUGAUGAAGUGUUAUGCACAAAAACAUGACACGGCAAACACAUGUGGGACAUGGUUUUGUCUGAAAGAUAAAAUAACAAUUCAUCUGUUUGGCUCGGUCGGGGUUUUAUUCUUUUGGCCUUUUCUUCUUGCUCCUUGUGUUGGAUGUAUGGUCAAUCCAUCGAUACCAAUUAUAGCACUAGCWUACUUUUUUCCGUUUGUUUUCUACUCGUGUUUUUUAACUAUUCUKGGAAUGACUGGGUUUUUUAUCAAUGAAAUUACACCGGUGCAAAGAAGCCAUGCAAGGCAACUCGAGGAUGUUCUUCAGAGCUCCACACAAAAGUCAUCUGUAGGACUGGUUCUUCACCUUGUCACGUGGGUUUUUCUAGCGUACAGCAAAGGAAAAAAUAUCUCAAAAGAGACUCAAAGUGCAUUUGGGAAUCAAACUUUGUUUAUCGUAAUUGUUGGGUUUGUAUCAACUAUCUUGUACAACCUGACGUCUUAUGACUUCAAAAGAAAGSAAAAGUCCAGACGAAAACGACAAGAAAAUAAGGAAACAGUUCAAGAAGGAACACCGACUUCAUCCACAACACCAAAACGUUCUUCMUUAGCAAAAGUUCAAGAAGUCAAAAAAGUUUAUAAACUUCACUUUGGUCCUCCGUGGAAGCUUCGGUGUCAAGAACUGAACUAUUUAGUGGCUGUAUUUAUCCAUGUACUUAGUACAAACACAUUUAACAUCGUACURUUACUUCUACCUGUCUACUUAAUCGAGCCAAUGAAAGCCAACAAGUUGUCUGUAGCAAACUUCCCUACUGUGGUUUUCGGCGGAUUUUCAAUCGGCAGUCUAACAGCUAAGAAGCUUGUUAUGACGUAUGGUUAUAAGGGUUUAUACUGCACAUGCGCUGGAUUUACUCUGGCCGCGGGGAUCUGGUUUYUAAGCCAGUCCGUUAGGUUGAGUGACUUGYUGUAUUUUCCCGCCUUGGCGUUUGGUUUUUGUAGCUGUAUAAUGAUCGUGACGUCRCAUAUGAUGCUGUUGAUCUCAUCUGAAGACCUUGGYUUACAUUUUCGCGAUACAGAUGAUUUUAUGAGAGCAAUGGAUGAAUUGUGGAACGGCGUUGUGGUGUUUAUUAUAAUGCAGGCAUUUCCAGAUGAACACAACAAAAGCCAUGUCGUAUCCAAGCAGACUGGGGAUUUUCUUCGAAUUAGUUUAUUUUACGUUCCUGCAAUGCAGGUUGUAGUAGCCAUCAUCAGAGUUUUAAUGCAAAUCAAUCAACAGGAAGAUCGAAAUGAAGCAGAAAAGAUAAAACGUGYUUCAACUUAUAUAAAGCAUAUAGAAAUUCUCCGUCAGCCAGUUUUAGACCAAGUAGAUACUUCCAAUGACAAAGAUCCRCGAGUUACCAUUGAGCCAUCAGACUUGGAAACACUCAAGGAUUUGCCUGCGUCAAAUGUCUAACAUACAUCAAAAUUCAGAUUCAAAUCGAAAUCGCGCUGUCUGAAUCAUUAGAGAGACGUUUCGCAGCGACGACAACGACAGCGAAGGACGACGAUGCACAGGGGAAGCUGUGAAGGGGUAUUCCCUCGUAUUUAAGAUGGGAAUGAUCGUCGAAAAUUUUUUGAAAAAAAUAAUAAUAAAAGAUACCCUCAAGAACCUCUUGUGGAAACACAAUAACAACUAAAACAUAAUAGUUAAACAAUGAACAAAGCUAUAUAUUGGUAAGCAUUUUCAAUAUUCUAGAGACAAAAACAAACCCUAACCUUCUGUUUGAAUGUUUCAACAAAGUCAAAUUAUCUUCAUUAGUCAAGUAUAAAAAUGUACUCUUAAAGAAACCAGCUUCGACUUUGAUUGUCCAAAAACUUUUUAAAAUAUACUGUAGAUCACUCGGUGAUUUAAAGAUAUUCCGAUUUUAUAGAUUUAUAUUCCUCUUAAAGAUAUACCGAUUUAUAGGAGUUCUCAGUUCCACCUCACGGAGCGAAUUUGAGUUUUCAUGUUGCAGUUUCUUUCAUCCCCAUCAUCGUCCUCGUUCACUGGGAGUGGAUUUUUUUAAGUCCCUAUAAACUCUAGUACUAUUUACGUGGCUCGUUAUAAUGAGUCAGUUCCCUGUACUUGAAAUUAAGUGCUGAAGUGCGAGUCAACAUUGAUAAAUAAACAAAAAACCUGUGUUCAU